AUGGACGCGACUGACCCUCGAGUCGGCUCCGCCCGCGACAAUUCAACAAGCCCCGGGUUAUCGCGCAUGAUAGCCGGCUCCAAUUCUUCCUCCGGCAGAAAUCUUCUCGCGACUUUGGUCCCGGUCUUGAUCUGGGCCGCAAUUUGUACCACUGUAUUCAUAAUAUUGCGGCGCAAAUGCCCUCGUGUGUACGCUCCGAGGGCGUUGCUGAGAAGUCUGGAGCCUCAUGAAAGAAGUCCCCCUCUACCUAAUGGAUGGUUCAACUGGUUCAGGGACUUUUACAAAAUCCCUCCAGCUUUCGUACUCAACCACUCAUCGCUCGAUGCGUAUUUGUUUCUGCGAUUUCUUCGGGUGCUUGGUGUGAUAUGUCUGGUUGGGAUCGGCUUGCUUUGGCCAAUCCUGCUUCCAUUGCAUGCGACGGGCGGUGCAGGUAACCGCGAGCUGGAUGCCUUGACAUUGGGCAAUGUCGUUAGUUCGAACCGGUUCUAUGCUCACGCCAUCCUUGCCUGGGUCUAUUUCAUAUUCGUCUUGUACAUGGUCUCCCGGGAGUGCAUAUACUACAUUAAUUUACGCCAAGCAUAUCUUCUUUCGCCGUUCUACGCGAAUCGGCUCUCAUCUCGAACGGUGUUGUACGUGAAUGUACCACGGCAAUACCUGGAUGAAGACAGGCUUCGAUGGAUGCUCGGUGACUCUGUCAAGAGAAUUUGGAUCCCGCAAACGACCGACGAGCUGGAGCGCAUGGUCAAGGAAAGGGAGCAGACAGCCAUGCGGCUGGAGAAGGCUGAAUUCGCGCUUAUCAGGAUGGCGAACGCUGCAAGGACCAAAGCGCUGAAAAAGGCACGGGGCGAGGGCGGCAAGCGGCACAGCUCUGCGUCGGUUUCCCACCACGAUAUGAAGGGCGAAAGGACCAGUUCAGCCUCGAAAUCUACCGCUGGUGAAGCCGUGCAGGCAUCAGACAGCUCUGACAACACCUCAAGAUCUGCGGAGGACGGUCAGGAGCGUACCCUACCCGAUGUCAACGGCUCCGUGGCGUCUCAGUGGAUUUCUCAUAGCUCGAGGCCCCAUCAUCGGCCGAUUGCAAAUUAUGGCCGUCGAGUCGACACCAUCAAAUGGACGAGGAACCAAAUCAAGAAAUUGAACACGCAGAUUGCCAGAGUCCGCCGGGACCUGCUGUUCAAGACUGACGGCAUGCUGCCUUCGGUCUUUGUCGAGUUCGAAACACAUACUGACGCACAGAAUGCUUAUCAAACGCUAACCCACCACCGUCCGCUACACAUGGCUCAACGUUAUCUCGGUGUACGCCCGUUUGAGAUCCUGUGGGACUCAUUAUCCAUGUCUUGGUGGGAAACAAUUGCCCGGAAGUUCCUCAUCAAGGCCUUGAUCACCGCAUUGAUCAUAUUUUGGGCUAUUCCUUCCGCAGCUGUCGGCACGAUUUCUAACAUCGAAUAUCUGUCAGAAAAGGUCUUCUUCUUGGGAUGGAUAGCAGAUCUGCCGGGUGCCGUGACGGGAAUCAUUAGCGGCGUCCUUCCAGCUCUGGCAUUGUCUCUUCUAAUGGGUAUUGUUCCGGGCAUGUUGAGGUAUUGCGCGAGAAUAGGUGGAGUCCCGACCCUGACCGGGAUCGAGCUUUACACCCAGCAAGCCUACUUUGCCUUCCAAGUCGUCCAGGUCUUCCUGAUCACCACGCUCACAUCCGCUGCCUCGGCCGCCAUCACAAAGUUGCUUGCGGACCCAACAACCGCAAAGGACUUGCUUUCUCAGAACCUCCCGAAGGCGUCAAACUUCUACCUAUCCUACUUUCUCCUGCAGAGUCUUGCGCUCGGAGCCGGAGCACUGGUCCAGUUCGGCAAUCUAUUCCAUUUUCACGUAUUUGAGAAGUUCUCGACUAACCCUCGGAAGACAUAUCUGAGGUGGCAUCGACUGCAGCGGGUCCAUUGGGGAGGCGUAUUCCCGGUCUAUACAAAUCUCGGUGUCAUUACCCUCACCUACGCGCUCAUCGCGCCCAUCAUCCUCGGCUUUGCUAUUGUCGGAGUCGGAUUUCUGCAUAUUGUGUUCCGGUACAAUGUCAUCUAUGUCUAUGAUUCCGAGAUCGAUACCAGAGGGCUCGUGUAUCCUCGCGCUCUGAUGCAGUUGCUCUUGGGCUUAUAUUUCUCGGAGAUUUGUAUGAUCGGCCUCUUCUCGCUGAGGGGCGCGUAUGUUCCAGUGGUGUUGACGGCGAUCCUGCUGGUUCUGACUGGCCUGGUCCACACUUCGCUUGUCGAUGCGUUGGGGCCUCUUCUGUGGAGUCUUCCUAAGAGUUUGACCAAGGAAGAGGACGAACACUUGCUCGGAAGCCGUGCGGCAAAUGGACGUCGUCAGCAUUUGGAGGAUGCAGAGCAGUAUCAGCAACCGCACGACUUUAUGAAUGACGAAGAUGGGCAUGUUCUUGGUGAAAAUCGGACUCUGGAAGGCGCAGAUGGGACGUUCAGUGCGCUAGGGGGAGGUGUCAAGUCUAUGCUGACCAAGAAAUUCAAGCAGGAGUUGCCAGAGGUCAACAUAGGCAUGGCCGCAGUGGGAGGAUUUUGGAUGAGAUGGAUCUCGCCCGAUCCGAGCCAGAAGUCGAAUUUCCUCCUUCGGUGGCUUCAUCCAGAAGUUUACUCCGAUUACACUACUCUCCGCAGGAUGGUACCGCAAGACCUACCAGAUCCAGUCUACCCGGAGGACAUCGAGCGAGACAUCUACUACCCGCCCUCGAUGAUGAUGAAGCCGCCUACUCUGUGGAUACCGCGAGACCCAGGUGGCGUAAGUCGGCAAGAAGUGCAACAUAGUGAGAAGGCUCUACCAACUACGGAUGAGCAUGUCAGUAUCGACGAGAAGGGGCAGCUGACGAUCGAUCUCGACGAGCCACGGCUUGUGUUUGAUAUCGGGCGGUUACGAUAUUGA